GUCCUUGGCCUUGUGCUUGUGCAUAUCUUGGUCUCUGCUGCCUCCAGAACCAAUGGAUUCUAAGUUGCCUUUACACCACAGGAAAACACAAAAAACCAUGACCUGCUACCUUGUAUUUUGACCAUUAAAUUGAUUCAAGGUCUUCUAUUUCUAUGUUCUCUUUUCCCUUCUCAAUAUCUAUCCAAGAAGAAGAAACCCGAAAAUGGCUACUUCUGCAUCUUGUAGUAGUACUGAGUCAGCACUCAUGACAAAAACAUUGCAGAGUAGUAGAAGAAGGUUCAGAGCACCAAUUGGUUUAAGAGUUUCUAUGCCACGUAAUCCAAAGCUAUUCAAUAGAAUCCGAGCUUCUAUGGUGGACUCAUCUUCUGAUUUUGUUAGUCGCAUAGAAAAAACCUGGUUAAUCUCCCAGCAACCACGGCCAAUUGUUUGUUCGUCUUGCAACUCAAAGGGGCAUACUGAAUGCAAAUGGUGUGGGGGUACUGGUUUCUUCAUUAUUGGUGACAAAAUGCUCUGUGAAGUUCCAUCGAAAAAUACCAGCUGUAUUAUUUGCAAUGGCAAGGGAUCCAUGUGUUGUUCUGAUUGUCAAGGAACCGGCUUUCGCGCAAAGUGGUUAGAAGAACCUCCAACUUCAAAGUAGCAAAGAUACCAUGGACAAUGCUAUGGUGCAAAGAAUUGGACUUAAUGAAUUAUACAUAGUAAUCUAAUGGUGUAGUUUUGAAUCAUGAUAAAUGCUACUCGCUGAUGAUUCAAAUCCAUACCAUUGGAUUAUCUUAAUGCAAGUUCAACCUGGUGCAUCUAAGUGGUUUCAAAACAGGCAUACAACAUUAAGUUGUGAGAUAACAAAGUAAUACAUCAUUAACAUGUGUCUAUGUUUCAUGUCAAGAGGAUUGUAUAACUAACUAAUAAGAGAUGCAGCUAACCUUCAACAACAGAUUAUAUCUGCAGUGAAAACCAUAUUGUUCUGCUGCUUUUGUUUUGAAUUAUAUAAUGUCUUUUAC